CCGCCGCCCCCUCCCGAUCCAGUCCUCCCUCCCACCGCCGACCUCAAUCAAGGACGACGGAGAUCCAGUCCUCUCCCCGCGCGGCAACCCUUCCUCCCACCCACCGCCGACCUCGUCGUCCCUCCCUCCCCUCACCAUCUCCCCCUACCCUCCGCCCUCUGCCCCCCUGCCUCGAUCCCCCAAAUCCAAUCGACACAACCCCACCGCCCCCGCACCCUGUACUGUCCACCAUGGGCGUCUCCUCCUCCUCCUCGCUCCGGAUCCCCGCACCAACCGACCACCCCGCCGUGGGGGCAUGUCCGCGGUGGCUGCCCUUCCACGCCGUCUCCCCGCAGCAGGCACCGGCACCGGGCGACGGCGACGACGCCAACGGGCCCACCGGCGUGCCCGUGCCCUUCUCCCGUGCGGGCGGCUGUUCUGGCGGGGGUCGACGCCGCAGGCGGUGCGCGAGGAGGUGGACGACUUCCUCGGCAGCCGCAAGCGCGCCUUCAAGUAAGAGGUCGACGUCUACAUCCGCCGCCUCCAGCACCAGGAGCUCUACCUCAAGGAGCCGGAGGCGCACCCAUGCAAGGUCGAGCUGGCCAUGGAGAUCCUCUUCCUCUACAGCUACGAAAACUGCGGCAAGACCUUCGUCGACGUGGCUGCCUUGAGGACGCAUGUCCACGUGCACGGCGGACGGCAGUAUGUUUGCGAGGAGCCCAGCUGUGGGAAAGUGUCUCCAGUAAAAGAUUACGUUAUGCCUUUACCAGUGCCUACUCUAGCGUUGGUGAACUUAUCCACUUACUACUGUUGGCGAACUUCCAUGUGUUUUCAUGCUCAGAUGCGAAAUGGAUUUAAGCUCCUUAUC